AUGGCUGAGGACAAAGGCAAGAGAGACUCCCUCCAGAUGAAUAGGAAGGGAUGCCAGAUAAACAACGGGUUUGUCCAAAAUGAAGACAACCUAGAGCAGGAUCCAGAUCCGGGCAGCUCACAAGACAACCCCCAGCCUAGCACUGCGGGCAUCGAUGGCUCCCGGGAGCCCAACGUCCAGCGCAUCCAGCCCUACGCGGGGAUGCCCAAGGAGGUGCUGUUCCAGUUCUCAGGCCAGGCCCGCUACCGGCUGCCCCGGGAGAUCCUCUUCUGGCUCACCAUAGCUUCCGUGCUUGUGCUCAUUGGGGCCACCGUAGCCCUCACCGUCAUCUCUCCAAAGUGCCUAGACUGGUGGCAGGAGGGGCCCAUGUACCAGAUCUACCCGAGGUCUUUCAGGGACAGCGACAAGGAUGGGAACGGAGAUCUGAAAGGUGAGUGCCUGGAGAGAGUUCAGGAAAGAGCCAGGAUGAGUGAUAAACAUAUUUGGUUUCAAUUGAGUCGGACACGGGUAGGGAAAUAUACUGAUUAUUAUAUCUGGCAUGACUGUACCCAUGAAGAUGGCACAACCAUCCCACCCAACAACUGGUUAAGUGUAUAUGGAAACUCCAGUUGGCACUUUGAUGAAGUGCGAAACCAAUGUUAUUUUCACCAGUUUAAGAAAGAGCAACCCGAUUUAAAUUUCCGUAAUCCUGAUGUUCAAGAAGAAAUAAAAGAAAUUAUACAGUUCUGGCUUGCAAAGGGUGUUGAUGGUUUUAGUUUCGAUGCCGUUAAAUUUCUUCUAGAAGCAACGCAUCUGAGAGAUGAGAUCCAAAUAAAUAAGACUCAAAAUCCGGACACGGUCACCCACUACUCAGAGCUAUACCACGACUUCACCACCACCCAGGUGGGAAUGCACAACAUCGUCCAGGGCUUUCGGCAGAUCAUGGACCAAUACAGCAGGGAGCCUGGCAGAUACAGGUUCAUGGGGACGGAAGCCUAUGCGGAGAGCAUUGACAGAACCAUGUUGUACUACGGGUUGCCAUUUAUCCAAGAAGCUGAUUUUCCCUUCAACAAUUACCUCACCAUGCUAGACACUCUUUCUGGGAACAGUGUGUAUGAGGUUAUCACAUCUUGGAUGGAAAACAUGCCAGAAGGAAAAUGGCCUAACUGGAUGAUUGGUGGACCAGACAGUUCCCGGCUGACUUCUCGGUUGGGGAACGCAUAUGUCAACAUGAUGAACAUGCUUCUUUUCACACUCCCUGGAACUCCCAUAACUUACUAUGGAGAAGAAAUAGGAAUGGGAGAUAUUUUAGCCUCAAAUCUCAAUGAAAGCUAUGAUAUUAAUACCCUUCUCUCAAAGUCACCAAUGCAGUGGGACAAUAGCUCAAAUGCUGGCUUUUCUGAAGCGAAUCACACCUGGUUACCCAUCAGUUCAGAUUACCACACUGUGAAUGUUGAAGUCCAAAAGACUCAGCCCAGAUCGGCUUUGAAGUUAUAUCAAGAAUUAAGUCUACUUCAUGCCAAUGAGCUGAUCCUCAACAGGGGCUGGUUUUGCCAUUUGAGGAAUGAUAGCCACUGUGUCGUGUACACAAGAGAGCUGGAUGGCAUAGAUAAAGUCUUUAUCGUGGUUCUGAAUUUUGGAGAAUCGACACUGCUAAAUCUACAGGAAAUGAUUUCAGAUCUUCCCGUAAGACUGAGAAUCACACUAAGUACCAAUUCUACCUACAAAGGCAGUGAAGUUGAUACAAGUGGCAUUUAUCUGAACAAGGGAGAGGGACUCAUCCUUCAACACAACACGAAGAAUCUCCUUCAUCACCGAACAGCUUUCAGAGACAGAUGCUUUGUUUCCAAUCGCGCAUGCUAUUCCAGUGUAUUAGACAUACUGUACACCUUGUGUUAGGCACCUCUAUGAAAGAGAUGACACUGGCAUUCUGCUGGUAUUUUAAGCAUUUGCAGUAGUUUCAUGUAUAGCAUGCUGCUGGAUAAACUUUAUGAACAAUCAUUAAUUCUCAGAUAUUUCUGUAGCUUGAAUGUAACUGCUUUAGGAAAGGUUCUCAAGUGCUUUGAAAAAAUGUUUGAAAGAAAAUUAUCACUUGUAGGAACUUGUAACUUUUUUGAGAUAGC